CCAUCUCUCUGUCUGGCCUCACUGGAUGGUGUAAGGUAUCGUCAACAAACAUGGCAAUAGGCAAUGUGGGGAUGUUGCUGUUGAUGUUGGCGAUGUUCCUUGUCUCCGUGGAUGCAGAUGGGGAGGAUACAUCGGAAAGGUUCAAGUGUCCAGAAGGAUGGAUGCUGAAACUUCAGUCUUGCUACAAGUUGGGCUCGACCCAGAUGAUAUUCUCUGACGCCAAAAGUGAGUGUCGUCAGUUGGGGUCCAGACUCAGAGUUAUUACCAACGAAGAUGAGAACCUACUCUUCACAGACAUGGCCAACACAAGAGGUAUACACUGGCUCGGAAUCCGACGAUCCUAUAGCGGGAGUUGGACAUAUGAGACAGACGGAACAGAGAAAUACCUCUCGUACACGAACUUCGAAGAUAGCAGCAGGUACAGUUAUAACUUUGGAAUUACCUGUGCAGUGUGGAAAUCACGAACAAAGAAAUGGUCGAUUGAGUCUUGCACGAACCGUCAACUAUUCAUCUGUCAGAAGCCUUCAGACUGUUUCCCUGGUCGUUUUGGAGAGAACUGCACCAACCAGUGCCACUGUAGUGGGGACGUCUGCAACACCACUUCCGGUCUCUGCAAAUAUGGCUGCCAGAUAGGCUGGAAGGGGGAGACUUGCGAUACAGAAAAACAGAAAGCCGAAGCCAAGUUCUACUGCUUCAAGAUCCAAGGACGUAAUGUGAUGAUGUUUCGUGUAGAUCAAAAGGGGACGAUCUACCGGGAUGUUUCUGCCAUAGAUGAGCAUGGGAACACUGUCGACAAUUGUACCCGAACCGAUUUUGACUAUUUCGAAGCUGGCCGUACGGGGACGCUGAAGGUGAUGCAAGCUGCGAAUAGCAGUUUCAUUCCUGAUUGUAGAGGAACCAAGCUGUCGAGUGAGGUUCACUCAUGGAAGUUCAGAUUCAAGGAGUAUCCAGGUACUUCAUCUGCCUAUGAAUCCAUGUUUGAGGUGAAGUGCGACUUCACUAAAGCCAGAACCUUGGAGAGUGAUACCACCUCCAACACUGACAAGCCUGCCAACAAGUUUGCAACUCUUACUGAGAGCACGUUGUCUGUGAGUCUGGACAUCAUCGACCCCGCCAAUAACCUCCCUGUAACCACAGCAACCUUGGGUCAGCAAGUCCGCCUCCAGCUGAAGCUGAACAACGUGGACGAUUUCGGCGUGAACGCCAUCUCCCCAUUCAACUGCUCUGUGGGGACACUGGACCAUAGACACAACGUCGUCUUCACCGACGAACACGGAUGUUCUCCUAGAGAUGCCCAAAUCAUCUUCCUGAACAAUGACGUCACUACAUGGCGCAGCGAGAUUUUCGAAACAUUCGCCUUUUCCGGUUAUAAAAAAACUGUACUUCCGGUGCCAGUACCACGUGUGCUUCACGGAGGAUCAGGAUUACUGCAGGGAUAUGUGUCGUCUCUCCACGAGGAACUCGAGACAUCUCCACCGGAGAAGUUUGAGUGCCAAGCACGAGGAUGAAAAGAUACAGGAAAUGCUAGCAACUCUGGACAUUGAGUCUCCAUAAUGACAAUGGUGAACC